AUGUACAUUACCUGAUCUUGAUCUUACAGAAGCAGUUGAAUUUCGCCAUUUUCAAUUUCAUCUUCCUCUCUUCAUUUCUCUGCAAUGGAGCGCGUUUCUUGGAGAACUCAGGUGCUUUCUAAUCAUCUUCUUCCUCGUCAAUCUGCUUCACUUCUUAGCCCCAAUCCAUGUCUCGAAUUCUCUCCUCCAGAGCUUUCCGAACGCUUCUCCUUCGACAUCAUAGAGAUGCGGAACCUCCUGGAUGCACAUAAUCUUCCAGACCGGGACUGGAUUUUUGGGCUAAUGGUGCAGAGCAAGCUGUUCAAUCCCCUGCAAUCUGGUGGCCGAGUCUUUGUUUCCCCUGAUUAUAAUCAAUCAAUGGAGCAGCAGAGGGAGAUGACCAUGAAGCGGAUUGAGUACCUAUUGGAUAAUGGCGUUUUUAAGGGUUGGCUUACUGAUAACGGAAUUGAAGCUGCAUGGAGGAAGUUUGCGCUGUUUGAGGCAAUUGGGAUUUAUGAUCACUCUUUGGCGAUUAAGAUUGGGGUUCAUUUCCACCUAUGGGGUGGAGCUAUCCAAUUCUUUGGGACAAAGCGUCAUCAUGAUGCAUGGUUAAAGAAAACGGAAAAUUAUGCGAUCAGGGGUUGCUUUGCAAUGUCUGAGCUCGGUCAUGGAAGUAAUGUUCGAGGAAUCGAAACAGUGACCAAAUAUGAUUCAAGCACUGGAGAAUUUAUUAUUAACACUCCCUGUGAGUCGGCUCAGAAGUACUGGAUUGGCGGGGCAGCCAAGCAUGCAACACAUGCUAUAGUCUUUUCGCAGCUUGACAUAAACGGGAAAAAUGAAGGUGUCCAUGGUUUUAUAGCCCAGAUAAGGGAUUCAGAUGGUAAUAUCUGUCCAAACAUACGUAUAGCAGAUUGUGGCCAUAAACUUUGUUUGAAUGGGGUUGAUAAUGGUCGGAUCUGGUUUGACAAUGUGAGAAUUCCAAGAGAGAAUUUGUUGAAUUCAGUAGCUGAUGUAUCAGUAGAAGGGAAAUAUCUAAGUGCCACAGAAGACCCGGACAAGAGAUUUGGAGCAUUUAUGGCACCUUUGACAUCUGGUCGUGUAACCAUUGCCGUUGCUGCAGUUUAUUCAGCAAAGAUUGGCUUAGCAAUUGCUAUAAGAUACUCAUUAACAAGGAGAGCGUUCUCACUUACACCAAAUGGGCCUGAAAUCCAAUUACUAGACUACCCUAGUCAUCAAAAGCGAUUGCUGCCUCUCCUUGCUAAGACAUACGCUAUGAGUUUUGCUGCAAUUGAAUUGAAAAAGAUCUAUGUGAAGAGAACACCUGAAUCUGUCAAAACUCUGCACAUUGUUUCAAGUGCAUUUAAAGCAACCUUAACCUGGCACAAUAUGAGAUCACUUCAGGAAUGUCGUGAAGCAUGUGGAGGCCAAGGCGUGAAGACUGAAAAUCGAGUUGGCCAAUUGAUAAGUGACUUUGAUGUUCAGUCUACUUUUGAAGGUGACAAUAAUGUCCUAAUGCAGCAGGUGAGCAAGGCACUCCUCGCUGAGUACGUAGUAGCUAAGAAGAGAAACAAACCAUUUAAAGGGUUGGGAUUAGAACACAUGAAUGAUGCCUGCCCUGUCCUUCCUUCUAAGCUUACAAGUCCUAUCCUUAGGAGCUGUCAAUUCCAGACCGAUGCAUUUUGCUUAAGAGAGCGGGAUUUAUUGAAUGGUUUAGCUGCUGAAGUAUCUCAAUAUGAAGCACGAGGCGAUAGCAAAGAAUAUGCCUUCAUUCAGAGCUUUCUGCUUGCAGAAGACUUGGGCAGAGCUUUCUCUGAAAAAGCUAUAUUGCGGUGUUUUAUUGAAGCUGAAAAUAGUGUACCGUCCGGUUCAAUAAAGAAUGUUUUAGGUCUUCUGAGAUCCAUGUAUGCCUUGAUCUGCUUGGAGGAAGAUGCUUCCUUCCUCCGCUAUGGUUAUUUAUCACCAGAAAAUUUAGCUUCAGUGAGGCAGGAAGUGAAGAAACUAUGCAGCGAAAUACGACCUCAUGCUCUAGCACUGGUCAGCUCUUUCGGCAUACCUGACGCUUUCCUGGCCCCUGUAGCAUACAACUGGGUAGAGUCAAAUUCUUGGUCUUCAGUGCAACAAAAGGAAGGCACCAAUGUAGAUGGUUCUGCAUGAUGAGCAUUUUUUAAUCAUAUGAUAGGAGCACUUGUUGAAGAGAAUAAAUUAUAAGGGUAGGGUGGAAUAAUGUGACUUAUAAUUUUAUACUGUUGGAAGUAUGAAAAGGAAACUAAAGGUUGUUUAGAGCUAUGGAUUUUUAGAAACAACCACUACUGGAAGGAGGUUGCAUGUACACAUAAUGUAGAUGUGUGGAAUAUUGUGGUAAAAUAUCAAUUUAUACCUCUAUAUUUUAGGAGUUGCAUCAAUUUAAAUCCCAAAUUAAUAA